GAUAUUUUGUCUCACCUUCAUUUGACUCUCUUGUUUCCUCUGCAACUGCCACACCAUUGUUGGCGAUUUUCAACUGCAAACGACUUUCUCUUCUCCAACCUACACUUCCCAUCUUCUCCUCCUUUUAAUCUAAAUUGGUUAUGUGAUAGUGCAUCAAUGGCGUCGCUUUUCAGAUUUUUGGUCCUUCCUUUCAUGAUCAAGGUGUUUUUUUUGGGUUCUUUGCUUAGUUUAGUGUAUGCUGAUUCUGGGUCUUCCUCUUUUUCUGGGAGAAGACAUUCUGCAGAAUAUUGUGCUAUGUAUGAUAUUUGUGGAGAGCGUAGCGAUGGAAGAGUUUUAAAUUGUCCAUACAGUUCUCCUUCUAUUAAGCCCAGUGAGCUCUUUUCAGGAAAAAUUCAGAGUUUGUGUCCCACCAUAACUGGGAAUGUUUGUUGUACGGAACGCCAGUUUGACACAUUGCGGUCACAAGUUCAACAAGCAAUUCCUUUACUAGUGGGUUGCCCAGCUUGCUUGAGGAACUUCCUGAAUCUUUUCUGUGAGCUUUCAUGCUCACCAAAUCAGAGUCUAUUCAUUAAUGUCACCUCCAUUGCCGAGGUCAACGGCAACUCGACUGCAGAUGGCAUUGAAUAUUAUGUGUCUGAAGAUUUUGGUGAAGGACUAUAUAACUCUUGCAAAGAUGUAAAAUUUGGAAGUAUGAACACAAGAGCCAUAGAUUUUGUUGGGGCUGGUGCCAAGAACUAUCAAGAAUGGUUUGCAUUCCUUGGUCGAAAGGCAGGAUUGGGCAUGCCUGGAUCUCCCUACUCCAUCAAAUUUCAGACUAGUGCUCCUGAAUCAUCUGAAAUGGUGCUCAUGGAUGUGUCUACCUACUCCUGCAAUGACACUUCGCUGGGCUGCUCAUGUGGUGAUUGUCCUUCAUCUCCUGUGUGCUCAAGCUUGGAACCUCCUCAUUCACAGACAAAGGAUUCCUGCUCUUUUAGACUGGGUGCUAUCAAGAUGCAAUGCAUUGACUUUUCAAUGGCCAUAUUUAUUUUAUUGGUUUCCGCUUUUCUCGGAUGGGGGUUCUUCCACCGGACUACAGAAAGGAGUGGUCCUGCGUCUACAGCAGAGCCCUUGUUAAGUAAAGUUGAUUCCGUUGAUGAAGCAACUGAUUAUACUCUUGAUGUGAAGGAUAGGGAGACAGCUCCACAAUGUGAGUCUGCUAUUCAAGGAUUCAUGACUGAUGUUUUUAGGAAGUAUGGUCUUUGGGUUGCAAAGAAUCCUACUCUUGUGCUGUGUUCCUCUGUUGCUGUAGUUCUUAUACUUUGCUUGGGUUUAUUACGUUUCAAGGUUGAGACUCGACCUGAGAAGUUAUGGGUAGGUCCUGGAAGUAAGGCAGCUGAAGAAAAGCACUUCUUUGAUACUCACUUAGCUCCUUUCUAUAGAAUUGAACAGGUUAUUUUGGCAACCAGGCCAGAUCCACAGAAUGGGAAAUCUCCCAGCAUAGUAACAGAGGAUAACAUCCAGUUGCUUUUUGAUAUACAACAGAAGGUUGAUGAUCUUCGAGUGAACUAUUCAGGAUCUAUGGUGUCUUUGUCUGAUAUAUGCUUAAAGCCCUUAGGGGAGGAUUGUGCCAUCCAGAGUCUCCUUCAGUAUUUUCAAAUGGAUCCUGACAACUAUGAUGAGUAUGGAGGAAUUCAGCAUGCUUUGUAUUGUUUCCAGCAUUAUACAUCCACUGACACGUGCUUGAGUGCUUUUAAAGCCCCUCUUGACCCAAGCACUGCCUUGGGUGGAUUUUCUGGGAAUAAUUUUUCUGAGGCUUCUGCAUUUUUGGUAACCUAUCCAGUUACUAAUAUGAUUGAUGACUCAAAUGAUGCUAACGGGAAGGCUGUGGAAUGGGAAAGGGCUUUCAUCAAGUUGGCCAAGGAGGAACUGUUGCCCAUGGUGCAGUCCAGCAAUCUCACUUUAACUUUUUCUUCUGAAAGCUCAAUUGAAGAUGAAUUAAUGCGAGAAAGCUAUGCCGAUGUUCUAACAAUUUUAAUAAGCUAUCUUGUGAUGUUUGCUUACAUAUCACUUACACUGGGAGAUAGGCCACACUUAUCCUACUUUUACAUUUCAUCUAAGGUUUUUCUUGGUCUUUCAGGAGUUGUGGUUGUUAUAUUGUCUGUCCUUGGGUCAGUUGGUUUCUUCAGCGCCUUCGGAGUGAAGUCAACUUUAAUAAUAAUGGAAGUCAUUCCCUUUCUCGUGUUGGCUGUUGGAGUUGAUAACAUGUGCAUAUUGGUACAUGCUGCAAAACGGCAGCCAAUUGAAAUAUCUUUAGAAGAACGAAUAAGCAAUGCCCUUGUUGAAGUUGGUCCAUCUAUAACACUUGCUAGUUUGUCUGAGGUCUUGGCAUUUGCAGUCGGAGCCUUCAUUACUAUGCCAGCAUGCCGUGUUUUCUCCAUGUUUGCAGCUUUGGCUAUUCUUCUGGACUUUCUUCUUCAGCUCAGUGCUUUUGUCGCGUUGAUAGUUCUUGAUUUCAGGAGAGCUGAAGACUCUAGAAUUGACUGUUUCCCAUGCAUUAGAGUACCUUCAGCUUCAGCAGAAUUAAACAGAGGGACUGAUCAGAGAAAUCCAGGAUUGCUUACUCGAUAUAUGAAGGAAGUUCAUGCACCCAUUCUUUUACUUCGGGGAGUAAAAGUCGUUGUUCUUGCUCUAUUUUCUGGUUUGGCUUUAGCAAGCAUAGCAUUGUGCCCUAGGAUUGAGCCAGGCUUAGAGCAACAGAUUGCUCUUCCACGGGACUCAUAUCUUCAGGGCUACUUUAAUAAUAUUUCAGAGCAUCUAAGAGUUGGCCCACCCCUAUAUUUCGUUGUAAAGGAUUAUAACUACAGUUCCAAAUCAAAACAUACAAAUCAGCUGUGUUCAAUUAGCAAGUGUGACUCAAACUCUCUUUUAAAUGAGAUAUCAAGAGCGUCUACAACACCAGAAUCUAGCUACAUUGCUAAGCCAGCAGCCUCAUGGCUUGAUGAUUUUCUUGUGUGGUUAUCACCUGAAGCUUUUGGUUGUUGCCGAAAGUUUGUAAAUGGUAGUUAUUGCCCCCCUGAUGAUCAGCCACCUUGCUGUUCACCUGAUGAAGGGCCUUGUGGUUAUGGAGGAGUUUGCGGAGAUUGUACUACGUGCUUUCGUCACACAGACCUGGACAAUGAUCGCCCUUCAACAGCACAGUUCAGAGAAAAGCUUCCAUGGUUCCUCAAUGCGUUGCCAUCUGCUGAUUGUGCUAAGGGUGGUCAUGGAGCCUACACUACUAGUUUGGACUUGACUGGUUAUGAAAAUGGUAUUAUAAGAGCAUCCGAGUUUCGUACGUAUCACACACCAGUCAACAGACAGAGUGACUAUGUCAACGCAUUGCGUGCCGCCCGUGAGUUCAGCUCAAAGAUUUCUGAUUCACUGAAGAUGGAUAUCUUUCCAUAUUCAGUUUUCUAUAUAUUCUUUGAACAAUAUCUGGACAUAUGGAGAACUGCUCUGAUCAACCUAGCUAUUGCCCUUGGUGCUGUUUUUGUCGUGUGUGUUGUCAUAUCAUCCAGUUUGUGGAGUUCAGCCAUCAUUUUGCUUGUUUUAGCCAUGAUUGUGGUUGAUCUCAUGGGUGUUAUGGCUAUUUUGGGUAUCCAACUGAAUGCAGUUUCUGUUGUCAACCUUAUCAUGUCAAUAGGAAUUGCUGUUGAGUUCUGUGUCCAUAUAACACAUGCAUUUUCGGUCAGCCAAGGCGACAGGAACAAACGAGCAAAGGAGGCUCUUGGUACUAUGGGGGCAUCUGUUUUCAGUGGAAUUACACUUACAAAGCUGGUUGGAGUUAUUGUCCUGUGCUUUGCAAAAUCAGAGAUUUUUGUGGUUUAUUACUUCCAAAUGUACUUGGCGCUAGUUAUCAUCGGUUUCCUGCAUGGGCUGAUCUUUUUACCAGUAUUGCUAAGUUUAAUCGGUCCACCACCGAGGAGCAUGCCUUUGAACCGAAUGCUAGAAGCUGAGCUAAACUCCUCAUCCCAAUUAAGCUAACUGGAUCUCUUUCGUGUAGACCAUAUAUCUAUGUGGUAUUGGAGUAUCUUGACUUGCUUGUCUUCUCUAACCAACUCUCCACCAUGGCGACUGUAUAUUCCUGGAAAUACCGAGUAGUUUCUUGUUGUACUUGAAGCAACAUGCACGACACCUUUAUGGUUUCAUGCUAACUUCUCCAAUAUCAUGAAAAAGGUUGAUUGUCAGACUACAGGCCAUAUUUUACUCUGCAGUGAGGGCGUCAAAUUAUAGGUUUACCUGUCAGAUUCUUAUUUACAACAGAAAGAUGCAACAUAGAUUACACUACAGUACAUGAGAUAAGAACACAAGCUUCAGUUAAUCAUGUAUUUUCUGUACUAGUGAAAUACUCGAGUUAUUGUGACGUCGUAGAUGAUCAUCGUUUAUCAAUCUAUUGUGGAUUCGUGGUUUACUGUAAA